CAGGCCAAGUACAAUUACGAGGCACGACGCAAGGCGCUGAGGGCCACCUGGCUGCCCAGCAGCCAGCAAGAGCUAGACAGGCUGCAGGGGGAGCAGCGCAUCCUGGUGCGCUUUGUGAUUGGCCACUCGGCCGACGCAGAGCAGGAGGCCGCCCUGAACGCGGAGGAGGCGCAGCACCGCGACUUCGUGCGCCUCAACCUGACUGAAGGCUACGCCAACCUCCCCACAAAGACCCUGGCGUUCCUGCGGGCCGUCACGACGCAGUACGAUCCGCAGUACAUUGUGAAAAUAGACGACGAUGUGUACCUGCGUCUGGACCGCCUGCCGCACGCGGUGCAGCAGUGGCACGACAUCCGCGCAGACUAUGUGGGGUGCAUGAAGACUGGGCAGAUCAUCAAGAGCCCACGGUACCGUUGGUAUGAGCCCCAACACGCGGUACUGGGCGGUGCCUCCUAUUUCACCCACGCCUGGGGCAGCGUGUACGUGCUAAGCGGGCGCGUGGCGCUGGAUCUUGCUGCCAUGAGGGACGGCAGCCUGCGGCACUUUGCCAACGAAGACGUUACCAUUGGCAGCUGGCUGCUCGCCUUCAAUGCCACACACUACGACGACCGGCGGCUGUGCGAGACCAACUGCACAGCAUCCUCGCUGGCUGUGUAUGACAUGCCCGUGUGUGCGGGU